GAUGCUGGUGGACAGGGAGGAGCCAAACAAGGGGACGAUCGAUUCAACGAGAGGGGGUGGCAGAAAUUUCACCCUGGUAUCGAUACAUUCUGUGGACAAAAAUAGCGGAAGUUGUCUGCUUGCCUUGGCUUCGACUGACACUGGUUACAUUUAAUCACCUCGUCUGCAAAGAGAGGCCAGGUCAGGAUGAACGGCGACUCAGGUCCCGGUGUGGUAACGGCCCAUCCUCCCGCCACUGCCCCUCACAAGGAGCGCUAUUUUGACCGGUUGGUGGACGAGAGCAGCCCCGAGUACCACCGCGAGAGGAAUAUGGCACCUGCCCUGCGCCAGGACUUCAACAUGAUGGAGCAGAAGAAGCGGGUCUCCAUGAUACUGCAGAGCCCGGUGUUCUGCGAUGAACUGGAGUCCAUGAUUCAAGAUCAGCUGAAGAAGGGUAAGACGCCCACCAGCCUGCUGGCGCUGCAACAGAUUGCUGACUUCAUGACCACCAGCAUGCCCUCCAUGUAUCCCGCCGCGCCGCAGGGUGGUAUGGCAGCACUCAACAUGAGUUUGGGUAUGGUGACUCCAGUGAAUGAUUUACGCGGCUCAGAUUCCAUCUCAUAUGACAAAGGCGAGAAGCUUCUCAGAUGCAAGCUGGCAGCUUUCUACCGACUCACUGACCUGUUUGGCUGGUCGCAGCUCAUAUAUAACCAUCUCACAGUAAGGGUGAGCUCAGACCAAAACCGUUUCCUUAUCGUCCCUUUGGGGCUCCUGUAUAGUGAAGUCACUGCAUCCAGUCUGGUGAAGAUUGACCUCUCUGGUGAGAUUGUGGAUCGGGGAAGCACCAACCUUGGUGUCAACAGGGCCGGAUUCAAUCUGCACGCCGCCAUCUAUGCCCUACGGCCAGAUGUCAAUUGCAUCGUCCAUAUACACACUGCUGCAGGUGCAGCGGUGUCUGCUAUGAAAUGUGGCCUCUUACCCAUUUCCCCUGAGGCUCUUGCCCUGGGAGAGGUGGCGUACCAUGACUACCAAGGUAUACUGGUGGAUAAUGAGGAAUGCACAGUCAUCCAAAAGAACUUGGGCAAAAAUGCCAAGGUACUCAUUCUGAGGAACCAUGGCUUGGUGUCUAUGGGUGAAACUGUGGAGGAAGCUUUCUAUUACAUCCACAACCUGGUCAAUGCCUGUGAGAUUCAGGUGCGAACACUGGCCAGCGCUGGAGGCCCAGAUAACCUGGUGAUGCUUGACCCCGGAAAAUACAAGUCCCGUCCUCGCGUUCCAGAGCCUCCUGGUGAUGGGUCCUCUGCCCAGCCUAAAUGGCUUAUCGGGGAGCAAGAGUUUGAAGCGCUCAUGCGAAUGCUCGACAACCUGGGCUACAGGACCGGGUAUCCUUACCGCUGUCCAGCAUUGCGAGACAAAGGUAAAAAGUACAGUGAUGUGGAGAACGCCCACUCUGCCAGUUACUGUUACGGCGAGGACAGCGAUUCGGGCGCUCGCUCCCCAAUGAAACACAGCUUCCAGCGCGGCCAGCGCGACAAGACCCGCUGGCUCAAUGCCGGCAGUCGGCUCGAUGAGCCCGGCGAGGACGGGCCCGAUAGCAGCAGCCCCAAGUCGAAGCCUAAGUGGACUAAAGAAGACAGUUUGCGACAGGCUGCCAUGGCCAAUCAGUUCAUCCCGUUGAACACCAAUCCCAAAGAAGUGCUGGAAAUGAGAAAUAAGAUCCGUGAGCAGAAUCUGCAGGACAUUAAGACUGCGGGACCUCAGUCUCAGGUUCUGUGCGCCGGGUCGGUGGUGGAGCGCAACUUUCAGCAGGGGGAGCUGGUAACCGCAUCCAAGGCUAUCAUCGAGAAGGAGUACCAGCCCAAGGUGAUCGUCAGCAAGCAGGGGCCAAACCCCUUCAACAAGCUCACUGACCAAGAGCUGGACGAGUAUCGCCGGGAAGUAGAGCUGAAGCAAAAAGGACCUGAUGGAACAGCAUCUAGGCAGGGCCCCUUGACCCUCAGCCUCGCCGAUCCAGUCCAACCAGACUCCCCCCAUAAGGAAUUUCACUGCGCUGUGCUGCGAGCCCUCAGCAAGGAGACGCUGGAGGCGAAUCGGGCUGAAGAGGAACUAGCAGAACCUGAGGAAGAGGAGGAGGCCAAAGACCCAAAGGCCACCUGUACGCCGCCCAGCACUCCAGUCAGAGCAGAGGAAGAGACAUUGCCAGAGUCUACAUUUAAGGAUGACAGCGACGCCGCCACCCUGAGACAGACCCUGCCCGACUUAACCCCUGACUCCGACACCCCGGCACUCCCUGUUGAGGACUCCGACGCCGUUCCCGCCUCUGCCGCUGCAGAACUCGUCGAGAACUGCGGGGAACCCGCCGCGGCCGACGCAGAAGGCGACGACUCCCCCAGCAAGUCCCCCUCCAAAAAGAAAAAGAAAUUCCGCACUCCUUCCUUCCUGAAGAAGAACAAAAAGAAGCCAGAGUCCUAAAAGCGAGCUUCCUCAUGCUUUUAGCCCCUUUGUUCUAACACCACUUCUCGCAAGCUUUUUAAUCUUCCUUUAGCGCGUGCUAAUUUUGUAUACUGUGUAUUAAAAAAAAAAGUCAUUAUUUAGAUUAUGAUGCCUCCCAUCUUUGUCCGUCUACUCCCCCCCCCCCUAUUUUUAUGCAUGUCAAAUAAGAAGCACCCCGUGUAAAGCAAAGUGAAAUAUUGUAACCAGAAGAAUGUAUUGGGAUUGUAUAACAAUAUGAAGUGUCUUUUAAGAACGAAAUGCAGAGGACAACCACUCUUUCGUCAAUGUUUUAAUCACUAAAAGGGACUAAUUUAGCUACUGCGGCUAACUUAUAGGAGCUAAUUAACAAUGUGUCAGUUAUGGGCUUAAUUCCAAUUGUUGCUUUACUAUGAAAGAAUGUGUACAAAGAUGAAUUGAUUUUUGUGUCAGCUUUCUGAAUAUUGCAUCUAUCAUUUGCUUGCUGUGGAAGACCACUGUGAACCUUUUUUUUGUUUUUGUUUUUUGUCUUUAACCACACUCAGCAAACUUAUUUUUGCUUUAUAGGUUAUGUUUGUACCAUAAAAAAGAGACUCCCCUUUAAAGGUUUUUGACUGACUCCUAACUGUGUGCUUUCCCGCUCAUUUACAUGCUCGUUAUUAGAAUUGUUGUCAUCAAAUUAAUUUCUGGAUGUAGUUAAAGCUCCUUACUACAAGGACAUUAGAUGUUCCCUCUUCGACAUAGCUAAGCUUCUCAUGUACGAAAACCUGCCUGAGUGGAUUUAUUUUUAAUGUUAUGUACCAUACAAAUACCAUUAUGUGUUGAUUUGCUUUUUAAUAAAAUUACAUUCAAGUAAAAUAUUCACCCCUUAAAAGAA